GGAGUGUCUGGGAUAUUUCAAGAACUCAGACUCGUUGGCCCCAAAAAGUUGGCCACUGCUGAUGCAUUGAAUCGAGCCAUCAGCAAAUCAAGCCAAUCAAGCCAUCAGCCAAUUCCUGGUCCAAGCUACAUGGAUCCAAAGGCUUUAAGGAGAGAUGCAGAUCGAGGCCAAGCUGCUUGGGACCUGAAGGUUCAAGAGCUGGCAGACCGAGGCAUUUGCUUGUGUCAGCUGCUGGACUUCUAUGCUUUGCUGGGCAAAUCUGUGAUGCCCGGCUUUCACCCGGCCCGAAGCACAACUAAUGACGUGGUGCGGCAGGCUAUCAUUCCUUUAUCAGCUCCAAGUCAGAGGUCCGAGCAUGGACAGGCUUAUGCCUGCAAAGUGGGAGAGGAAGAGACUUCAUGUCAUGGACUUUAGCUAGGAGGUGUUUUUUUUCUCCCAUGGUUCCCCCAAAGCCAAGUCCCUCAAUGUGAAGCUAAUCCAAGCGGCCAAUUUUUGGCUUAGAGAAUCUAUGACAUAGAGUGAGAGUCUAUGUGUGGGCGGAAUAUCUGAAUAUAUAUCUCCAUUGGUUGGGGUGUUGCCCUCCAGCACUCCUAGGAAAGGCAGCCCGCCAGCCGAAUGGUGACGCACAACUGGGACAACAUCUUCAGCCACCUAGUGGCCGCCAUUCUGGCGGAUGCCUUUGAUGUGCCAAGCUAUGGGCCAUUCUUGAUGCAUUUGGAUGAGAAGUUGCCAGCGUUAAGGGAUGAGCUGGCCAAGAGAGGUCAGCUGGACGUGAGUUAUUGGAUUUGCGCUUUCACCGUGAAUCAGCACAGCAGCAUCUGUGGAGGAUUUGGUCCCGCCCCACAGGGCGAUGACUUUGCUGCUUGGGAUCGGAAACGCUAUGAUUCGGUCACGGGAGAAGCGUAUCCGCUCUGCGGCUGUGCUACUCCGAAGUUUUUCAACAAGGAUUGGGACUUGACAGAGCUCAACAAGUUUGAUCCGAUGAUGGAAUGCAUGUCUCUCAGAUACUCUGACAUGAGACAAGUGAUCGCUGUGGAUGAACGUUUGGAUUUGUUCACCCGGGCAUGGUGUAUUGCUGAAAUGCAUAUGGCGCACAAACUCCAGAUCUUGCAAAGGGUCAAGUUGUAUGAUUUGGACAUGCUGGUGGAUACACCUCAUUUUGAACACCUUGACAUUCAAAAGUGCAAGGCUUCCAGGAAGGAGGAUGAAGAUGAGAUUUUGUCCAAAAUCGAGGACAAAGCCAGAUUCAACCACGAAGUCAAAACCCUGCUUUCUGACCCGGUGGAUGGGAUUUUGGUUUCCCCGCUCUGGCACAAAUCUCGUGAGUUGGCCAUGCGCAGCAUCGAAUUGAGCGACAUGUUGAACUUUUUUGGGUCUUUGAGUACCAUGAUGCCCCACUACGAUGCUCGUUUGAGCACCACAUCCGAUGUAGUUCGAGGCGCCAUCAUCCCCAAUUCCGUGGCUUUUCCCAGAUACCGAAGGAGUUUGGAGCGCAGCACUGCGCACAACUCUUGCACCCCACGAUGGCCAGCUUUUGCAUUUUCGACCGUGCUCAAGCCAUGGGGUGCUGCCCCAGCCUGCUGCUUUGUAAGCCAAAACUGGCAGAUGCCAUUUGCCACGGUGCUCGCCCGAAUCACCGCCAAUGCAUUGCAAAGGUCAACGUUUGGCGGAGUCCUCGAGUCGUUGUGCGAAGGUGGUUCCGUGGAGGUACUCGUGGAGGUGGCCAAGCAUGAGGUGGGUUCGUGCGCUUAUUGGCUUGACGCCUUUUGCAUCAACCAGCACACGUCCAUUUGUGGUGGGAACCCCGCUGGAGACAGAGACUCCGUCACAGGCACACAGUAUUACACGUGUGAUUGCGGCAAUAGAAAGGCAUGGUCACUGUCAUUUCAGUGUGAACUGAAUAAAUCUCAAGAGGUACUUGAAAUUUUGCAACUUAAGAUGCCAUCGCUGCGAUGCAUUUUUCUGGUGGAUGAACUGCAUUUUGCCCAUCUGUGGUGUGUAGGCGAACUCUUGGAUGCAAUGCUUUUGGACAUUCCUUUGGAGGGCAUGGUUCAAAGUUAUGAUUCGAGUGGACCACGUUGGGAUUUUCGAACGUUCGACCUGAGCCAGCUGCAAUGCUACCACGGGUUUCUGGUGCCAGGCCAAUGGAACCGCGAUUCUCUUGAGGCGACUUUGCACCGACUUCCAUAUGGAGUAGAGCACUUCAAUGAGUCCUCGGCUAGCUGAGAUUGUUUUUUGUGUUGUUUUCCGUUUGAUUCCCAGGGUUAGUAAAUUAAGAUCAAAUGCUCCUCCAUUUUGUGUAGCCUCAUUCAACAUUACUAACAUUUAUGCUGCCGCGAAGGAAACUAUGUGUUUGACAGUUUGAAACAUUUACAUGUGCUGCCCACCUAAAAACUGUGCAAGCAAGCAUAACUUAAAAGUUAGACUUUCGAUCAAAAAUGUGCUGCUCACCUAAAAACUGUGCAAGCAAGCAUAACUUAAAGGUUAGACUUUCGAUCAAAAAAGGAUACUGCCGAAAUAUGCGGAAACUAUACUAUAGUUGACCAACACCUCGAGAAAACAAACACACUGGAGAGACUGUGGUUGACAAAAACCUCAG